AUGUCGACCACAUUGUGGCUGCCUGCGCUGUUUCUUGCGGCACUCGCGGCGACCGCGAAGAGUCUCACUGUGAGGCCAGAGUGCCAAUCGAGGUGUGGUGACGUCGACAUCCCCUACCCGUUCGGCAUCGGCAGAGGCUGCUUCCGCCCGGGCUUCGAGAUCAUCUGCAAUACCACUGGCAUUCCUCUUCUAGGGGACAGUAACCAGCAGAUAGUAGUGCUUAACCUGGCCGUGACACCACUCCCGGAGGCCAAGGUGAUGCUACCUGUGGCAUACCAGUGCUACGAUUCCGCCAACAUCAUUACAGCUAAACACCUAGGCGACGUGGAGUUCAACAAGUAUAGCGUUUACCGAAUUUCCAACACACGGAACGAGCUCUUUGUCCUUGGCUGCAACACCUUGAGCUAUAUCAACAGCGGGCCAAGUGGCCGCCACGGAUACGCAUACUACGCGGGAUGCGUCGCCUAUGCCAAUGACUCCCAGAGUGCCAAGGAUUAUGCCUGCGCCGGAGUCGGCUGCUGCCACACCGAUAUCCCACCGGACCUGACGGACAACGAGAUGCGCUUCACCAAUGAUGGGCUCUGGUCGCACGCCAACCAGGAGUUCUGCCCCUGCGACUACGCUUUCAUCGUGGAGAAAGACACCUACGCAUUCCAGGUGGCCCACAUCAAUACAAGUAAGAGCCUCAACUCGAGACAGCCGCUUCUACUAGACUGGGCCAUUCGUGAGAGCAACGGCAGUAGUUCCCUGUCGUGCGACAAGGCGGAGAUCACGCCGGGGCACGAGUACACCUGCGUCAGCAACCACAGCCAGUGCAUCAACUCUUCCAAUGGCCCUGGAUAUGUCUGCAACUGCACCAAAGGCUACGAGGGCAACCCGUAUCUUGAACAGGGAUGCACAAGCAUCAGCCUAGGUAUGUUCUUCUUGGUUGUUGCACUACUGUUGGCAUUCAUUAUGCACCAAAAGAAAAAACUUGCUCGAUAUUUUGAAUUGAACGGCGGUAACAUACUUAAAAGGGUCACAGGUCUAACCAUUUUCACGGAGAAGGACCUAAAUAAAAUCACAAAGAACAAUGCAGAGUGCCUAGGCAAUGGGUUCUUUGGUAAAGUGUACAAGGGGACUCUACCUGAUGAAACAGUGGUGGCAGUUAAAUCUUUUAUCAAGGUAGAUGCAGAGAGAAUAGAGGAAUUUACCGAGGAAGUGAUGAUACAAUUGAAGAUGGACCACCCUAACGUUCUCAAGCUGAUGGGUUGCUGCCUCCAGUUGAAUGUUCCAAUGUUGGUGUAUGAGUUUGCUGCCAAUGGUAGCCUCAGAGACAUUCUUCACAGCAACAGAAGGCGAAAUCUCUCGACAAAGUUACGGUUGGACAUUGCAAUUGACUCUGCCAAAGGAUUAUGCUAUAUGCACUCUGAAGGCAUACGACAUGGUGAUGUGAAACCGGACAACAUACUUCUCGAUGAGAAGUUGAUGCCAAAAAUAUCAGAUUUUGGGCUAUCUAAACUGCUUAAACUAGGGGAGAAAUUAGCUAAGAAGGUGGUUGGUUGCCGAGGUUACAUGGACCCGGUGUUUAAGAACACGGGUCUAUUAACCCCAAAGAGUGAUGUGUACGGUUUUGGAGUUGUUCUCCUGGAACUCAUAUCUAGGAAACAAACAGUACAUGGUGAAAGCUGUAACCUCGUCAUCCAGUUCCGUCAUAUCUAUGAGAGAGAAAAGAGUGGAAGAUCAAUGUUUGAUGAGGAGAUUAUAAUGGAAGAAGAUAUAUUCAUCCUCGAAGAAAUUGGCAAGCUAGCAAUGAAGUGUCUAAAAGAAUGGCAGGAUGACCGUCCUGAUAUGACCGAAGUAGCAAAACAACUUCUCAAGCUUAAAAAGAAAGAUGGCCAUCCUGAUAUGACCGAAGUAGCCAAGCAACUUCUGAAGCUUAAGAAGAAUACCAUAGAUGCUGCUGCAUGCCACAGUACUGAGAUGAGCUAUGCUACUGAUGCCACAUGGUCCGUGUCAUCUAGUCCUAUUUCAGAGAGUUCUUGA